CCGCGCUCUACGCUCACUGAAACUGACACACAACGCCGGCCCCGACGGAGUCCCAUCGGGGGGGGGGGGGGGUUUGGGGGGGGGGCGGGGGGGGGGGGGGCCGGGGGGGGGGGGGAGGGGGAGGGGGGGGGGGGGGGUGGGGGGGGGGGGUACUAUUACCUUGCGGAUGCGCCGUAUAUUCCAAUCUUCUUCCAACGUUUUCACCAUCACGCACGGCCACUCGGCAUUGACUGCAUUCUGAAACUACCCAAGCUAAAAUUCACGUAUGCGUCCUAA